AUGUUCAGAUGCAGUUCACUAGUGCCUGUGUUGUUUCUCAUGUCCACACUUGCUGGCGCGGUCACGUGGCAGCUACCCUUCGAGUCUGAGGGCCGACAGCUGUUCGAGUUGGAGCGCACCCUGUGUCCAGACGACACGGCCGCCGACCCCGACGGCUCCUCUUGUUCCGAGGGCGCGGAGUCCGCCCCCCGUCAGUUGUUCCUGCACGUGUCGAGCGCGUGCUCGUCUCCGGUGCGCGUGUCCCUGCGGGCGUCCCUGCCCCCCGCCUGGAGACUCCACCUGCAUCAGCCGCUGUCCGUCACCGCCACCAUAUCCUCUCCGCGCGUGUUGUUCUACGAGUUCUCGGAGGGUCAGAGCAGCGUGCGCCUCACACUGUCGUCGGAGGCGGACGUGUGCGCCACCAUCUCCGUACAACAGUACCAAUGUCCCAUAGCCCAGUCUCUGCCGGAGGUGUCGGUGGUGGGACUCCGUAUGACCAUGCUGCGGUCCAGCAGCGUGCAGCUGUUGCGGUCGGACUUCCCGCGAGGGUUCUACGUAGUGUCCUUGGUGCGGGACACGGAUCAGGCGUGCGGCGGAGACUCCGAGGACGGCUCCGACUGGUUGUUCGAGGAGGUGUUCAAGGGGCGGGAGGUGGUGACGCGCGGAGAACAACGACGCAAAGACCUCACCGUCGCCGUACAGCCGGCGCUGAGCCGCACGCAGUACCUGGUGGCGUCGGUGUCCACGCUGGUGGUGUUCCUCAGUUUCUACAUUCUGUUCGGUGUGCUGGUGGCCGCUCAGCGCUGGCCUCCCUUCGCCCGCGUGGUGGCUCCUCGCGCCGUGUUGGCCUCCUCCCCGGACACCAGCGCGGUGGAGCGCGCGGAGGGCCGGUCGGAGGUCGCGGGCCAGGAGCCUCGCCGCCGCCUCUCCGACGCCACAUUCGAUAGCAGCGACGCGAGCGACUCCGAUGAAGAGCAGGUCAACGACUCGGUGACGACCACCACCGGCCCGGGACACGACGAGCGGACCCAGGGGGGGAGAGGAGCUGACACCGGGCCCGGACCUGAUGGACCUCAGCCGGCUGCAGCCGUCACCUCCGAGGAACAGGGUCCGUUCGGCCUGCCCGCGCGCCUGCACCUGGCGGCGCUGGCUCGUCGCGGCGGCCGCACGCUCCGCGCCCGCUCGGACCGCUACCUGUCCAUGUUGUACACGGUGUCCGUGUUCUACGCGCUGCCCGUCAUCCAGUUCAUCACCGCCUUCCAGAUCAUCCUGAACGUGUCGGGGUCGCUGGACAUCUGUUACUACAACUUCCUGUGUUCUCACCGCGCCGGCGCCCUGUCCGACUUCAACCACGUGUUCUCCAACCUGGGCUACUUGCUGCUCGGCGCGCUGUUCAUGCUGCAGGUGCGGCGCCGGCGACUGGCACGGAAGAGACAACCCAGACAUCAGGAGUACGGCAUCCCGGCUCACUACGGGCUGCUGUCGUCUCUGGGCGCCGGCAUGAUGGUGGUGGGCGUGCUCUCCGCCUCCUACCACGUGUGUCCCAACGGACUCAACUUCCAGUUCGACACGGCCUUCAUGUACGUGCUGGCGGUGCUGAUGAUGGUCAAGAUCUACCAGUCCCGCCACCCCGACGUCAAUGCGCGCGCACACGCCACCUUCGGCGUGCUCGCCGUGCUCAUAGCCCUCGUGGUGUGGGGCGUGCUGGGCGGCGGGCCGGUGUUCUACGGCCUGUUCACGGUGAUCCACGUGUUCACGUUCCUGCUGCUGUCUCUCCGUAUCUACUACGUGGGACAGUUCCGCCUCGGUGACCAUGACUCCCUACCGUCGUUCCGUUCGCUCCUCGUCCUCCCACUGACUGACCCUGUCACUUCUCAUGUUCUAGAGAAGCAGUCGUUGGCGGCGGCCACGUCGGAGCUGCGUCGUCCCCGGUACGUCACUCGCCUGGUGCUGCUCCUCAUCGCCAACGCCCUCAACUGGCUGCUCGCCAUAUACGGGCUGCUCCAACAUAAGCGCGACUUCGCGGGCCACAUGCUGCAGAUCCUGCUGGGUAACGCGCUGGUGCACCUGUGCUGCUACCUGGGCAUGAAGCUGUCCCACGGCGAGCGCCUCCGCUGGUACGCGUGGCUGCUGCUGGCGGGCGCGGCGGCGGCCUGGGUGCCCGCGCUGUACUUCUUCCUGUCGGGCUCCACGGACUGGUCGUCGCCGCCGGCCCUGUCCCGUCACCGUAACCACGAGUGCUCGCUGCUCCAGUUCUACGACUCGCACGACCUGUGGCACAUGCUGUCGGCCGUGGCGCUGUACCUCACCUUCAGCGUGCUGCUCACGUGGGACGACGGGCUGUCCGCCGUCAAGAGGACCGACAUCCCGGUCUUCUGA